UUGCCCUUGCUCCUGAAUAUGCCAGUGAUGGUAUGCGAAAACUUUGAUGUCUCAAAUGGCAUUGUAAAUGGAAGUGAUGGUGUGGUGGAAUCCGUCUGUUACAUUACUGAUGAUAUGGGAAGACGCUCUGCAACCAGCUGUGUAGUUACUAUUCCAGACUCCAGCGAUGUUCCUUUCACAAAUUUACCUCCACAUCAAAGUGUCAUCCUUCCCAAAUCCAUUCCAAUCAAAAUCAAACACCACUUU